AUGUCGGUCGAGAAGGGCAGGGGUGCUGAGACGAUGAUAGGGCAGGAACAACUCCAUCACCCCGCGGUGGACAUCUGGGGAUCGGGGGCCAUCCAUUGCCUGACCUUUACCCGCACCAUGCGCUUCCCGUUAUCUGUUUGGCGUUGCGGCCCUGCCUCUCUGUUUGGUCCGGUGCUUGCGCCCCUGACGCCACCGCACUUGGUGGUUUGCAACACGGCCACAGCAGUCUUGCAGCCUCGUAAGGUGCCAGGGAAGGAGAGCAAGGAUGAUCGGGAUGUUGGUUCGUCAGGCCCUUCUUGGUUGGUCCCUCGGCCCCUGCUGGGCACCGACCCGUUUUCCGGCCCGCCCGGGCAGCCAACCCAAUUGCCAGCACAGAAUGUCCUAAAGAAGAAGCCAUAUCGCCGUCUUGCACGCCGCGAACAUCCUGUCUCGAGUUUCCACGUGGCCGAGAAUGAUCACACCGGCAACGGACAAUGA